CCUCUCCCCGAGGCCCCGCCCACUGGGCGCCCUGUUUUUCGCCCCCGAGCACCCGGGACGACAGCAAAGGCGGCAGCAGUGCUCGGAAUUUGACGCGAUGGGGCUUCCCGAGGAGCGAGGCCGGAGCGGCAGCGGCAGCGGGAGCCAGGUGGAGGCUGGAGCCUGGAGCCGUGCACGGAGUUGGUCUCCGCCGCCCGAGGUCAGCCGUUCCGCGCAUGUCGCCUCGCUACAGCGCUACCGUCAGCUGCAUCGGCGCUCGGUGGAGGAGCCGCGAGAGUUUUGGGGAGACAUUGCCAAGGAAUUUUACUGGAAGACCCCAUGUCCUGGCCCUUUCCUCAAGUACAACUUUGAUGUGACUAAAGGGAAAAUAUUCAUUGAGUGGAUGAAAGGAGCAACUACCAACAUCUGCUACAACGUACUGGAUCGAAUUGUCCAUGAGAAAAAGCUUGGCGAUAAAAUUGCUUUUUACUGGGAGGGCAAUGAGCCAGAAGAGACCACCCAGAUCACAUACGGUGAACUUCUGGUUCAAGUGUGUCAGUUCAGCAAUGUUCUCCGAAAACAGGGCAUUCGGAAGGGCGAUCGAGUGGCCAUCUACAUGCCCAUGAUACCAAAGCUUGUGGUAGCCAUGCUGGCAUGUGCCCGCCUUGGGGCUCUGCACUCCAUUGUGUUUGCAGGCUUCUCUGCAGAAUCUCUAUGUGAACGGAUCCUGGAUUCCAGCUGCAGCCUUCUCAUCACUACAGAUGCCUUCUACAGGGGGGAAAAGCUUGUGAACCUGAAGGAGCUGGCUGAUGAGGCCCUGGAGAAGUGUCGGGAGAAGGGUUUCUCAGUGAGAUGCUGCAUUGUGGUCAAGCACCUGAGGCGGUCAGAGCUGGGCACAGGUGACUGUUCCAGCCAGUGCCCCCCAGUUAAGAGGCCAUGCCCAGAUGUGCAGAUCUCCUGGAACGAAGGGAUUGAUUUGUGGUGGCAUGAACUCAUGCAGGGGGCAGGGGAUGAGUGUGAGCCUGAGUGGUGUGAUGCUGAGGACCCGCUCUUCAUCCUGUAUACCAGUGGCUCCACAGGCAAACCCAAGGGUGUAGUACACACAGUUGGAGGCUACAUGCUCUACGUGGCCACAACCUUCAAGUACGUGUUUGACUUCCACGCAGAGGACGUGUUUUGGUGCACAGCAGACAUUGGCUGGAUCACUGGCCAUUCCUAUGUCACCUAUGGGCCACUGGCCAAUGGUGCCACCAGUGUUUUGUUUGAGGGGAUCCCCACAUACCCGGAUGUGAGCCGCCUGUGGAGCAUUGUGGACAAGUACAAGGUGACUAAGUUCUACACAGCACCCACAGCUAUCCGUCUGCUCAUGAAGUUUGGAGAUGAGCCUGUCACCAAGCAUAGCCGGGCAUCCUUACAGGUGCUAGGCACAGUGGGUGAACCCAUCAACCCUGAGGCCUGGCUGUGGUAUCACCGAGUAGUAGGUGCCCAGCGCUGCCCCAUCGUGGACACCUUCUGGCAGACAGAGACAGGUGGCCAUAUGCUAACCCCGCUCCCUGGUGCCAUACCUAUGAAGCCUGGUUCUGCUACCUUCCCAUUCUUUGGUGUAGCUCCUGCAAUCCUGAAUGAGUCUGGGGAAGAGUUGGAAGGUGAAGCUGAAGGUUACCUGGUGUUCAAGCAGCCCUGGCCAGGGAUCAUGCGCACGGUCUAUGGGAAUCAUGAACGCUUUGAGACCACCUACUUUAAGAAGUUCCCUGGAUACUACGUGACAGGAGAUGGCUGUCGGCGGGACCAGGAUGGUUAUUACUGGAUCACUGGAAGGAUUGAUGACAUGCUGAAUGUAUCUGGACACCUGCUGAGCACGGCAGAGGUGGAGUCAGCACUAGUGGAACAUCAGGCUGUUGCAGAAGCAGCUGUGGUCAGCCACCCUCAUCCUGUGAAGGGCGAAUGCCUCUACUGCUUCGUCACCCUGUGUGAAGGCUACACUUUCAGCCCCACUCUCACCGAGGAGCUCAAGAAGCAGAGUGAGGAGCCUUUCUGGACAGGGACUGCAGGGCCCUGUUACACAGCAGUUAGAGAAAAGAUCGGCCCCAUUGCCACACCGGAUUACAUCCAGAAUGCACCUGGUUUACCUAAAACCCGCUCAGGGAAAAUCAUGAGGCGAGUGCUUCGCAAGAUCGCUCAGAAUGACCAUGACCUGGGGGACACAUCUACUGUGGCUGACCCAUCUGUCAUCAGCCAGCUCUUCAGCCACCGCUGCCUGACCACCCAGUGAACAAGACUGCCUUUUACCCCGGAAUCUCCUUACUUGGCUCUCUAAGGUUUUGCCCAUCUUCCCUGCCCCCAUCCAGGAGUGCUGAGGGCCAAGGUGGAUCCAUACUCUCCUUCACCUAGCUAUCUGGGACCGAGGAUCAGCUUUGCCCCUGGGUGGAAGCAACUUCGUGACUGCCAGGCAGAUGGGACAAGGCCCAGGUUAUCCUCAGGUUGCUCUGCCUGCAAAGAGCCCUUGGAGCUCUGAACAGAGACAUGUCUCCAAAUCAAGUUAAGUGUUCAGAGAGCAAGUAAGGGCCUAGACUGAAGCAGAGAGGCAGCUCUGUAAUCCUAUGUCAAUUCUCUCAGGAAGCACCAGUCCUUAUCUUGGGUAAGCACUUGCCCUUAGAAAUGCCUGCUUGUGAGUCCUGAACAAUUAUUAUUUUUAUAAACACUCUGCUGCUUCUCUUCCGGGUCUUUUGUGCCAGAUGGCAGUGCUUGUCUGCCCAUUUGCUCCAGGGGCUGUACAGGCAGGCUCAGUUUUCAGGCGGUUUUCAGAUUAUUUGCUUCUUUGCAGGAGUAAAUGUGUUUUGUUCCUAAGCCAGAAGAACUUGUCUUCCUUGUCCUCUGUUCCCACCCUCUUCUAAACAGUCCUGUCCAUGAGAGACACUCUCAAAUGAAACUGUCUUUUCUCGCCCUGGUCGUGCUCAAGUCCUAUGGUUGUAAAAAUAAAGUCUGUGACCUCAAGAA